GUAGAAUUGAGAAAGAGUCGGACAAGAACUUGGUCGGCGGCAAAUUGGCAGGAGACCAAAAACAUUGGGAACGUCGAUGAACAGCGAUGCAACGGAGGCUGCACUCGGUCUCCUCAGCCUCUCUCCUCUAAACAACAACACAAUCCCUCAAAUCAGAAAACCAGUACAAAUACCGACACCAAGACCACCGCCAACGACAACACCAUUACAACCAGCGCUAUCAGCUAGCCCUCCUCUUCCAGACGCAGAUGCUAUCAGCUGCAUAUGUGGUUUUCUCUUUGACGAUGGUUUCAGCAUUGCCUGCGACGUCUGCUCUCGUUGGUGCCAUGCAGCAUGCUUCGAUAUUGUCGAGGGAGAGGUACCAGAAGAGUGGCGCUGUUGGGAUUGCGAUCCCCGUCCUGUUAACCGUGACCGUGCAGUUCGCCUCCAGAAGCAACGUAUUACAGAGAUGCACGUCAGGGAGAGGGAGAGAGACAAGGAAAAAGAUAGAGACAAGGGCAAAAAACGAGAUAGAGCUGGGUCGCCCGUACAACGACGACGAGCCAGCGCUGCUGCCAUCGAGGGCUCCGGAAAUACAAAGAAGAAACGUAGAGCAUCUAUCAUAUCCCCGUCGACGCCGCACCCACCGCCGACGCCAAUACAACAAGGCGAAGAUGAGCCGGUCGACAUCGACGAACCGUGGUCUCUAUCCUACGUCCCUAUCACUAAAGACAUCGCUACAACAGAAGCCCAUGCCAGACUCCGCAGACAAGCCCAGUCAUGGCGGGGCAUCACCGCCCUCUCACCACCCAUACAUCCCAACCGCACACAAAUCCACUCAGUCCCACCUACACCAUCUCCAAGUCAGCUGCAUACCAACCCCCUCGUUCGCCCGCCCACCUACAGCCUCCACACAACUACGCCGGUCCCUUCGUCGAGCUACAUUGCCCCGUUUACCUGCGCUAUCACCCCGAGCGCCUCUUACCUCGCCGACCCGCUCAAUGCGUACGCCCACCUUGGCAUGCCGAAGCCAUUCGUGCACCUGAUGGGUCCACCGCUGGACGUCGCCCUCGAUGCGAGAGUUGUUGGUGACGAGGGACGCUUUGCCCGGAGUGGGUGUCGUCCAAAUGCAGUGUUGAGGCCCUUACUGUGCCGUAAGGCAAAGGAUGAGUCCGAGAAAGAGAGGACAGAAAGCGUGAAGAAGGAGAGGAGGGAAAGCGGGAAGAAGAAGAACGACAAGACAGACUCAGAUGAAGAAACCCUAACAUUUGGCGUAUUCGCACUGCGCGACCUCAAAGCCAACGAAGAAGUCGUUCUCGGUUGGGAAUGGGACGACGGAAACGCAGUGCACAGUCUUCCAGCGCUCAUCGAGAGCCCACAUUUGUUCUCGUGCGUCUUUCUCUUAUCCUGUUCUUUCUUUUUAACCUUCAAUCUUUUGUUUCUUUGUAAUUGAUCCCGGACCAUUUACCGUUCCGACGUACCACCUAACUCACCUCCGUGCACAAAUGACCUCAAUUCUCCAUGCGCUCAGUUCCACAUUCACAACGUGUGCAUGCGGUGCCCGCGCAAGGGACUGCGUUUUGAAUGUCAUGGCGCAAUAUGUUGACAGCGAGCUUGAUGCAUCUAGUGUCACGUGUGCGUCAGGGCAGCCUAUGAAUGGUACGAGCGGGAUGACGAAUGGGAAUGGGGCGAGGCAGGCAGGAGAGGCGGAUGCCGGCGAUGGGUCGAGCUCAGACAAGGAAAAUUGGGGACAU